AUGAGUCUAAUGGAGAGAACCCCCGGUUUAGCUAUCCAUGAAGCGUACCGCAGGUCCUCCCUUGGCGGAGGUAAGAAGAUCGUCCUCAUCGUCGCAUCGAAUAUUGGGGGAGGGGUAAUGGAAUGGAAAGGCGCCCGCGAAUGGGCCAUUGAACGGGAUAGUCUACGCAAUAAAAGACGAUACGUCAAGCGAUGGGGCUAUGAUCUGGAAAUCGUCAACAUGGUGACGAAGAAACGAUAUGCGCACGAAUGGCGUGAAAGCUGGGAGAAAGUCGACACGAUCCGCUCAGCUCUGCGAAAAUAUCCAAAGGCGGAAUGGUUUUGGUGGCUGGAUCUUCACACUUUUAUCAUGGAACCGUCGUUGUCCGUUGAGAAUCACAUACUUCAUAAUCUCGGCAAAAAGACCUACCGCAACAUCAAUACCUACAACCCCUUGAACAUCACCCACCCGCCCUCUCUCUUCUACCUCGAUCCUAAUUCCCUCGCGCCCGAAGGCGAUGGCGAAGAAUCGUCGAUCAACAUGAUCAUACCGCAGGACUGUGCCGGUUUCAACCUGGGCUCGUUCAUGGUGCGCCGCAGCGCCUGGACGGAUCGUCUCCUCGAUAUUUGGUGGGAUCCCGUUCUUUACGAGCAAAAGCACAUGGAAUGGGAGCACAAGGAGCAGGACAGUCUAGAACACCUGUACACCCACCAGCCGUGGAUCCGGCCGCACGUUGCGUUUGUCCCACAGCGGCGGAUGAACUCGUUCCCGCCAGGCGCCUGUGGUGACGGGACCAACCUGGGCAUCCACUACCAGGAGAAAACCCGCGACUUCCUAGUCAAUAUGGCGGGCUGUGAAUGGGGGCGGGACUGCUGGAGAGAGAUGUAUCACUACCGGCAGCUGAGUAACCGGUUGAACAGGAAUCCGUGGGAGAAGUUCAAGGAUGGGGUUUCCGACCGAUGGAAGAAGACGUUUGGGAGGAAGAAGGAGAAGGAGAAGGAAAAGAAGAAGACGUAA